AUGAUGAUGAUGAUGAUGAUGAUGAUGAUGAUGAUGAUGAUGAUGAUGUGUGAUGAUGAUGAUGAUGAUGAUGAUGAUGAUGAUGAUGAUGAUGAUGAUGAUGAUGACGUUGAUUCGGCUGAUGAUGAUAAUGAUGAUGAUGAUGAUGAUGAUUCGGAUGAUGAUGGUGAUGAUGAUGAU